AUCUGGUCUCUGAGAUUAUUGGUCAGUAGAAUGUGGUGCAGGUGAUGCUGUGCCAGUUUUUGAGUCCAGGCCCUAAGAAACUGAUAGCUGCCACUUUCUUCGGAUCAGUUGCUCUUAGAACCCAGCUGAGGUCCCAGCCAAUAGCCAUCAUCAACUAGCAGAUAUGUCAGAUGACUACAGGCCCAGCUACCUAUGACUGCAAUUGCAUGAGAGGCUCCAAAUAAGAACUGCCCCCAUUCGAUUUUGUGAAGAGACGAACACUGAGCGGUUGUGUCCACGUUGCCGACCUCCAGCAGCAGUCGGCUUCUGCACGUAGAACCCAGGAGUAGGAGACUCAGAAUCGAGUCUCUUCUCCCUCCUCCCUCCUGUGAGAUUUUUUUGAUCUUCAGCUACAUUUUCGGCUUUGUGACAAACCUGAUCAUCAAACACAAUGGCCAGUAACGUUACCAACAAGACAGAUCCUCGCUCCAUGAACUCCUGUGUGUUCAUUGGGAAUCUCAACACUCUCAUGGUCAAGAAAUCUGAUGUGGAGGCAAUCUUUUCGAAGUAUGGCAAAAUUGUGGGCUGCUCUGUUCAUAAGGGCUUUGCCUUCGUUCAAUAUGUUAAUGAGAGAAAUGCCCGGGCUGCUGUAGCAGGAGAGGAUGGCAGAAUGAUUGCUGGCCAGGUUUUAGAUAUUAACCUGGCUGCAGAGCCAAAAGUGAACCGAGGAAAAGCAGGUGUGAAACGAUCUGCAGCGGAGAUGUACGGCUCCUCUUUUGGCUUGGACUAUGACUUUCAACGGGAUUAUUAUGAUAGGAUGUACAGCUACCCAGCACGUGUACCUCCUCCUCCUCCUAUUGCUUGGGCUGUAGUGCCCUCGAAACGUCAGCGUGUAUCAGGAAACACCUCACGAAGGGGCAAAAGUGGCUUCAAUUAUAAGAGUGGACAGCGGGGAUCUUCCAAGUCUGGAAAAUUGAAAGGAGAUGACCUUCAGGCCAUUAAGAAGGAACUGACCCAGAUAAAACAAAAAGUGGAUUAUCUCCUGGAAAACCUGGAAAAAUUUGAAAAGGAACAGAGCAAACAAGCAGUAGAGAUGAAGAAUGAUAACUCAGAAGAGGAGCAGAGCAGCAGCUCCAUGAAGAAAGAAGAGACUAAUGUGAAGAUGGAGUCUGAGGGGGGUGCAGAUGACUCUGCUGACGGGGGGGACCUACUGGAUGAUGAUGAUAAUGAAGAUCGGGGAGAUGACCAGCUGGAGUUGAUCAAGGAUGAUGAAAAAGAGGCUGAGGAAGGAGAGGAUGACAGAGACAGCGCCAAUGGCGAGGAGGACUCUUAAGCACAUAGUGGGGUUUAGAAAUCUUAUCCCAUUAUUUCUUUACCUAGGCGCUUGUCUAAGAUCAAAUUUUUCACCAGAUCCUCUCCCCUAGUAUCUUCAGCACAUGCGCACUGUUCUCCCCAUCCUUGUCCUUCCCAUGUUCGUUAAUUCAUAUUUCCCUGCACCUAGUCCCGUUUUCACUUCCUUUUUGAUGCUCCUAGUAGUUUUGUUAAGUCUUACCCUGUAAUUUUUGCUUUUAAUUUUGAUACCUCUUUAUGACUUAACAAUAAAAAGGAUGUAUGGUUUUUAUCAACUCUCUCCAAAAUAAUCUCUUGUUAUGAAGGGAGUACAGUUCUUUUCAUUCAUACAUAUGUUCAGUAGUUGCUUCCCUAACUGCAAAGGCAAUCUCAUUUAGUUGAGUAGCUCCUGAAAGCAGCUUUGAGUUAGAAGUAUGUGUGUUACACCCCAACAUUAGUGUGCUCCGUGGGGCAGUUCAACACAAAUGUAACGAUGUAUUUUUGUGAAUGAGAGUUGGCAUGUCAAAUGCAUCCUCUAGAAAAAUAGUGUUAUAGUCUUAAGAUUUGUUUUCUAAAGUUGAUACUGUGGGUUAUUUUUGUGAACAGCCUGAUGUUUGGGACCUUUUUUCUUCAAAAUAAACAAGUCCUUAUUAAACCAGGAA